GUUAUUACGAGAUAAUUUGGACAAUGUUUCAAACUACUCAUCAAUGCACAAUAUUAAUUAUGUGGCAAUACCAUACUUGGUAAUAAAUUUCAAUGGAAUUCUAAUUUACGCAACAAAAUAGAACGUGACUAACAACAAAACAAAUGUCGAUAAACAUGAACAAUAGGUUAAAGACCGCACCGAGAAUAUAAAUAUUACAGAAAUAAACGAAAUUAGGUCAAAAAACACGCAAUGGUUAGAGGUGCAAUAAUUUUCGUCGGGUGCUUAAUGAUUUUGAGCGCUACAGCCCAGGACCCCGCAAAUAAUGCUACUGCAGUACUUGGAGAUGCAACCAGCGCUGUACCAGUGCCUGAUGCUAUGAGUGCUGCGCCUGAAGAUGCCACUGAUGCAUUACCACCAGCUGGAGAUGUUACUGACGCAACUGGAGAUGCUACUGAUGCAGCACGAGCGCCCGUAGACGCUGCCGUUGCUACUGACGCAGCUGGAAAUGCUACUGAUGCAACACCAGCGCCUGUAGACAUUGCCCAUGCUACUGGCAUAGCUGGAGAUGCUACUGAUUCGACAAUAGCACACUGUGACGCUACUGACACAGUUGGAGAUGCUACUGAUGUAGCACCUGCAGCACCAGAUGCUCCAGCUCCUCCAGAAGAUGGAGAGGAUGCAGCUGCAGGAGUUGCGGAUUGUGCCACAGAUGCAAAUAAUACGUGCACUAAAAUGAGUAGAACUUUGCUAAAAUACGUCAUUUUAAAACGUCUUGAUACACAACUGAGACCGACAAGGGUCUUAUGCUAAAAAGUAUACUUACUAUUCAAUUUUUUUUUUCAAUCAAUAUUUACUCAACAUAUAAGUUUUCUAAAUAUUAAUAAAAUGAAUGAUUUUUUUUUUUAAUAUUUUCGUUCUUUUCAGUGCCUACACUCAUUCAUUUAUUUUAAUACGUUACAGUGUUUUGAAAGUAUACAACAUGUAAUUUUA